CAGUCACGUGACGGCGCACGCCCGCAGCUGAUUGGGCGAGGUGCGCGGAGGGCGUGCCGACAGUGGCGGCGUGCGUGCGUGCGUUUGCCACUGUGACACAAUUACAACAACUUUGAGCCGAUGCUUGGGCAACUUUGCGAUAUUAUCAAAUUACAGCCAGUCGUAAAAAAAAAAAAAAAAAAAAAGUCAACGUUGCAUCCACUCCAUGCACACACCAGUGCCGGGAAUCACGCUGUUAAUAUGAGGCGGCUGGAAGCUAACUGGAAGGGCUCGUUUCCUUGAGGAUUUGGAAAGAAAAAUACGCUACGCCCCGCGCGACUUGCUGCGAAGAAGGUGUGCAGCUCUUCCGUUGCUCGUCUGCUCUCGCCUCCCGUUGCUGUUUCAACUUGUCCACCAUGAAAUCGAGCGGAGUGUCGCUCGUCACCACCGCCGCCUCCUCCUCUUCGGCUGCUGCGCGGAGUCUGAGCGCCGCCGCUAAUGACGAGGAGAAAAUGGCGUCGGCAAAAGCGAGUGAAACCGAAGAGGACUUUCCGACGCUUACGACGCAAGAGAGAGCGAGUCUGCUCGGAAUUGACAGCUCACUGUUUGGAUUUCAUAGGCUUCAAGAAGAUGGCGCCAGAACGAAGGCCUUACUGUUCAAGGCUGUGAGCUGCUAUAACGCCCUCGUCCUGAAAGCAGAAGGGAAAGUAGAUCCUGAUAUUUUCUGUCAGCUCGGCCAUUUCCACCUCCUGUUGGAGGAUUAUCCAAAAGCAUUAUCUGCGUACCAGAGGUACUUCAGUUUACAGCCGGACUACUGGAAGAAUGCUGCCUUUUUAUAUGGGCUCGGCUUGGUCUACUUCCACUACAAUGCCUUUCAGUGGGCGACCAAGGCAUUUCAGGAGGUGCUCUACAUUGACCCCAGUUUCUCCCGAGCUAAGGAGAUUCACCUGCGACUGGGACUCAUGUUUAAAGUCAACACAGACCACGAGUCCAGCUUAAAGCAUUUUCAGCUGGCUUUGAUCGACUCAAACCUCUGCACUUUGUCCAAAACUGAAAUUCAGUUCCAUAUUGCUCAUUUGUAUGAGAUCCAGAAGAAGUACCGAGCAGCGAAAGAAGCUUACGAGAGUCUGUUGCAGACAGAGAGUCUUCCUGCUCAGUUGAAGGCGACCACACUGCAACAGCUUGGCUGGAUGCAUCACACUGUGGAGCACUUAGGGGAUAAAGGCACCAAGGAUAGCUAUGCCAUCCAAUGUCUGCAGAAGUCACUAGAAGCAGACCCAAACUCUGGCCAGUCCUGGUACUUUCUUGGCAGGUGCUACUCCAGUAUCGGCAAGGUGCAGGAUGCGUUCAUCUCCUACCGUCAAUCCAUCGAUAAGUCUGAGGCCAGCGCUGACACCUGGUGCUCCAUAGGCGUGCUCUACCAGCAGCAGAACCAGCCUAUGGACGCGCUGCAGGCCUACAUCUGCGCUGUACAGCUGGACCACAACCACGCCGCCGCCUGGAUGGACCUGGGCACGCUGUACGAGAGCUGCGGGCAGCCGCACGACGCCAUCAAGUGCUACGUCAACGCCACACGCAGCAAAGCCUGCGUCAACACUGCCGUGCUGGGUCAACGCAUCAAGUUGCUGCAGGCUCAGUUGUGUAACCUACAGCCAGGUAGUCUGCAAAAUAAGAGUAAAAUGCUCCCUAGUAUUGAGGAGGCGUGGAGCCUGCCCAUCCCCGCCGAGCUCACGUCCAGGCAGGGGGCCUUGAACGCUGCACAGGCACAGCAGGCUUGCAAGGAGGAGGGAGUCCAAAGCACCAGCAAUCACAGCGACCUUCAGGCCAGUCCUGCCAAAAAGAAACGCACUGCCAGCCCAGCCAAAAGUGUUGCGGACUCGUGUGCAGACGGCGCCAAUCAACAGCCGCUUCCCAGCUGGUACCUUACACCACAGAAGCUCCAGCUUCUGGAACACUUGCGAACCAAUAGAGCCAUCCUCAAGCCCCUCCAGGUGCAGAUGCUGGAUCAGCUGGAGAGCCAGUUCUCACUCAUGCAGCAGCAUCAGCAGCAGGUGAGGCAUCAGGCGAUGUCGGGCGCCCAACCGCGGGCCAGCCUUGCCAAUGGUCCUCAAGCAGAGUCCCCCAUCUGCCGCGAAGGCCCCCCUCGCUACUCCCCCCUCAAUCACGGAGCCAUCGGACCGCCAUCAGUCACCCGACCCACGGCCAACGGGUCAUGCUCGAGUCCGUCGUUGGGGCCGCUCGACGGCGGGUCCCCCGGUGGGGACCGCCUGGCAUUGCCAGAAGGUGGCGGCGCGAGCGACGGAAACGUGCCUUACGCGCAGCAGAACUGUCUACCUCACAACUGCACAGCCGUCGGUCACCCCGGCAGCGCCAGUCCCGCUCAUGCAGACGAGACGCGGAGGAGUCCACAUAGCGACGCCAACACUCAGGGACUUCACAAAGGUCCAGGUUCACAUUCGGCAGGUCCCAAUGGAGAACCCCCUUUCUCGUCCUCCUCCCCCUCCCCUCAGACCUUAUUCUCUUCCUCGGCUAUUCUCAAUCAGGUGGGACAUUCUUCUGGGCCCUGCACCGUCUCGUCCUCGGCUUCCUCCUUAUCCCCCGCCUCCCCCAGGUCCACGCCCAACCACUUGUCCUCGCCUACCCACUGCGCCACUACCUCAGGGCUCCACACCAAAGACAAUGCGCCUUCCGGGGGUUGCGCGGGAGCAGCUGCCACUCUGCCGUCAGGUCCCGACGCCGCCGCCGCUGCAGGGAUUACCCCAAAUCUCUGCACCACACCCACGCAGGGAUCGACUAAUCACAUCCGGCUGCGGGCGAAGGACGGACCUGGCUCUCCGGUCGCCGGUGCGCCCACUUUAGACAAUCGUCCACUCUCAGCCUUGCUAAAGGGAAAAGCCAACACCACCACGAAUGAUGAUAAUAAUAACUGUAGUAACCACGGAGGGCCUUUCUCAGAGAAAAUCAACAAUGUCCACGCGGGUGUCGCCAAAGCUGUGUCGGAGCACUCCUCGGCAUCCUCGCCACUGUCCGCCGCUGCCGCGCACGCUCCCAGUAGCCUCUCCUGCCUUAACAGCCAGACCGACAGUCAGGGGCCCGCAGUGAAUGGGAAGGAAGACUCUCUGAGCCCGCAAAAGGUGGCGACUCGGGAAGGGGCCCUGCACAAACACUCAGCCCCCGCCACCCUGGCUCCCUGGUCUUCGGUUUCCAUCUACCCCAGCUCCAGCGAGGUGCUCAAAGCGUGCAGAAACUUGGGCAAGAACGGUCUGUCGGCAAGCAGCAUCUUUCUGGACAAGUGCCCGCCGCCACGACCCCCGAGCACACCCUCCCCUCCCCUGCCAAAGGACAAGCUCAACCCGCCGACGCCAAGCAUUUAUUUGGAAAACAAGAGGGACGCCUUCUACCCUCCCCUACAUCAGUUCUGCACCAACCCUGCCAACCCUGUCACCGUCAUCAGGGGCCUGGCAGGAGCCCUCAAACUAGACCUGGGCCUCUUCUCCACCAAGACGCUGGUGGAGGCCAAUCCCGACCAUCUGGUGGAAGUGCGCACCCAGUUGGCCCAGCCCACCGACGAGAACUGGGACCCCAGCGGCAGCCACAAGAUGUGGCGCUGUGAGAGCAGCCGCUCGCACACUACCAUCGUCAAGUUCGCCCAGUAUCAGGCCUCGUCCUUCCAGGAGUCUCUUCGGGAGGAGAACGAGAAGAAGAAGGAGAUGGAAGCAGAGGUAGCUUCAUCUGACAGUAGGCGGAGGAAAUGUCCUUUCAAGCACAUCAAGUUUGGCACCAACAUUGACCUCUCUGAUGAAAAGAAGUGGAAGCAGCAGCUCCAGGAGCUGACCAAGCUGCCGGCUUUCGCCCGGGUCGUCUCGGCCGGCAACCUGCUCAGCCACGUGGGACACACCAUCCUGGGCAUGAACACGGUGCAGCUCUACAUGAAGGUUCCCGGGAGCAGGACACCAGGUCACCAGGAGAACAAUAACUUUUGUUCGGUGAACAUCAACAUUGGUCCUGGCGACUGCGAAUGGUUUGCUGUGCCUGAACCAUACUGGGGUGUCAUCAACAGCUUCUGCGAAAAGAACAACAUCAACUUCCUGAUGGGCUCCUGGUGGCCGAACCUGGAAGACCUGUACGAGACCAACGUGCCUGUUUACCGCUUCAUCCAGCGCCCCGGGGAUCUGGUGUGGCUCAACACGGGUGCCAUCCACUGGGUGCAGGCUAUCGGCUGGUGUAACAACAUCGCGUGGAAUGUCGGACCCCUCACGGCCCAUCAAUACAAGCUGGCAGUAGAGCGCUACGAGUGGAACAAACUGCAGAGCGUCAAGUCCAUUGUUCCCAUGAUCCACCUCUCCUGGAACCUGGCCAGGAACAUCAAAGUGUCUGACCAAAAGCUCUUUGAGAUGAUCAAGUAUUGCUUGCUGCGGACUCUGAAGCAGUGUCAGAUGCAGCGGGAGCUUCUGUUGGCUGCCGGGAAGGAGUUAGUGUGGCACGGACGCACCCACAACGAGCCUGCGCACUACUGCAGCAUUUGUGAGGUGGAGGUGUACGACCUGCUCUUCGUGACCACCGAGAGCAACAGCAGGAAGACCUACGUGGUGCACUGCCAGGACUGCGCCCGCAGGGGGAGCCCCAAUCUGGACAACUUUGUGGUGCUGGAGCAGUACAAGGUUGAAGAGCUCAUGCAGGUCUACGACCACUUCACUCUGGCGAGUCCCUUGCCUUCCUCGUCUUGAUGAUGAUGAUGCCAUUUUCCAACCGCAACGGACUCUCCGCUUUUCAUCUUGUCGUCAUGUAGGAAGUAAGCCGUCAGUCCUCUUGAAGCGCGCUCGGUAGCGUUCCAUCAAGGCAGCUAGCCGUGCGUAAGCUGCGUGUCUAUGCAACUGGCCUCCCCCUGGCGGACCGGAGGGGGAAGGCAGCUCCUCCGACGGACCGUCCCCCCCCCCCCCCCCCCACCGGACUCCAACGUGACGCCACGAAAUCGAAGCGUUGUACAUAUGAUACGAAUCUUUCAAAUCAGCUGACUACUGACGCUUCUUUUUGGGUUCCGUUUGCCAUCACCUCGCUGGUCUUUUCUACGUUCGCUAAAACAAAGGAGCCUGUUUUUAAUGUGAACAGUUGAGUGAUGCAGCCUUUACAACAUUUCCCUUUUUUUCAUAGCUCAUUUUGCUGGAACAAUGUUGAUCAAUCGUUUGUAGACACGAAGCCACGUCACCGAGAAAACGAGUUGCACAUAGAGUUCAAGGUUUUUUUAAUGAUUUUGAUGUUCAUGUACACUAUUUAUAAAUGCAUAUUUAUUGCUUGGAAAUAUUUGUUGAUUGAUUGCUGUCAUUUUUCUGGUCCAGAAUACUUGCCAUUAAUUUGAAAGGAGCCUUGUGAUUUUUGAGCAGAGCUUCUAUGUUUUGUAUAGAAAUAAAAGUGCUUAGUAAGCAUUGUGCACAGACCCGGUUUGUUGUUUGAAAGGAGGCUUUAUGCGUCAAUAAAUGCAUUGUCUCUAUUUA